AUGCUAACAAUGGCGGCGACUCAGUCUCAGUUCUUGAUGAACCUCUCUCACGUCUUCUCUUCCCAACGCAAUCUCAGAGCGGAUAAUCGUGUUUCCUCUUCUUCUUUUGAAAUUACGCGAACGAAUCGGUCGUGGGCGUUCCCAGGUUCCUCAAAAGUUGAGAAAUUUCAACCUAAACGAAGAGGAUCGCCAUGUUUGGGGAGCUUUGAGAGUGGCGGGUUGCUCAGGAAUGGGAUCGGUGAUGGUGACGGGAUUAUCAUCGUCGAUCACGGUUCUCGCCGCCGGGAAUCAAAUCUAAUGCUUGAGGAGUUUGUGAAAAUGUUCAAAGACAAGACUGGAUACCCAAUCGUGGAGCCUGCUCAUAUGGAACUGGCUGAGCCAUCUAUAAAAAGUGCAUUCAGUUUGUGCGUACAAAAAGGGGCGAAACGUGUAGUUGUUAGCCCAUUUUUCCUGUUUCCUGGAAGACAUUGGCAUCAGGACAUCCCUUCGCUGACGGCUGAUGCUGCAAAGGAGUUCUCUGGCAUCUCAUACCUCAUUACCGCACCUCUCGGCCUCCAUAACCUCCUCGUCGACGUUGUGGACGACAGAAUCCAACAUUGCCUGAGCCAUGUAGAAGGUGAUGCAGACGAAUGUCCGGUUUGUGCUGGAACAAACAAGUGCAAGCUCUACAAUACUUCUUAG